CAGCACGUUGCUUUCUGUUAAAGGGAUGACGGUGUACAGACACAGGCUGUUAUUGUUAUGUGGCUCGGCAGGCUUUCUGGGAGGUGUGAUGUGCGGAGGGCGGGCGCUGAGUCACCCAGAGGAAACUGUUGCCUGUUUGCACAGUUCCUGCACCUCCCUUCAUAGUCUGAGCACCCUGUACAUGCAGGCAUCACGCCAGGUCAUUCACCUGUCCGGCUGGUUGUGUGCGUGUCGGCCCUGCGUGGCCUGUUGGAAAGUGAGUCACCUGUGAGCCUUACCACUCCUACUCAGGUGGAGGCAGCAGAACAGGUCCUCCUCCUCCUCCUUCACAGCUGACGCCAGCUAAUGACAGGCUGCAGAGAGCCAAGGAUUAAAUCCCCCUCUAAGCACCUGACCUCUGGGAAGUCCGCUUUCAGACGGUGGAAUCCAAGUGUGGGCUGUUGUGAAUGAGAAAACUACACCGAGAAGACAGGAAGCCAUAGAGAUGCAGGAUAUCUCAGACUGUCUAAGCCAGGAAGCACAGAAUGUGGCGGAAUUGAGGUUGGCGGCGAAAAGAGCAGCACGAGCUGAAGCAAGGGAGAUCCGCAUGAAGGAGCUGGAAAGGCAGCAGAAGGAGAUCUAUCAGGUUCAAAAGAAAUAUUAUGGCCUGGACACCAAGUGGGGGGACAUUGAGCAGUGGAUGGAAGACAGUGAGCGAUACUCACACAGACUGCGGAGAAACCCCCAGGCUCCAGAUGAAGAUGACGUUAUGUCUGUGGGUAGCAGGAGCAGUCUGAGGACCAAUGGUUACGAGGAUGAGCUGCUUGGAGCCUCUCAGUAUAGGAAGUCCAGCAGGAGCUCCACAGGCAGCGGAGAAAUAGUCCAGUCGUCCCGGGGGUCCACCAGAGAUGAACCAAUGAGCACUUAUUAUUCUGACCCCAGUCUGGCCAGCACUCCACUGACCUCGAAGCCACAACAGGCUAUGCACAACGGAAGCCGGCCAUCCCUACUCAACUGCAACACUUUGCCUUCAAAAUCACAGCGGGGCUCUGUCUAUGAUGAGAGUGUUACAGGUGGCAGCCGACGUUAUAGUUCCUCAAGCUCCAGGCCUCCUUCUGAGUACAGUUGUUACCUGGGCUCUGGAUCUCGUGCUUCUUCUCGUGCCAGUUCUGCCCGUGCCAGCCCAGUGUCUUCAGAGGCCCCUGGUGUCCCUAUGUUACGCCGUGGGUCCACCUGUGGCAGUGUUUCUUCAUUGGGUCUUCUGGACACAGGCUCUAUUCCAUCGAUCCAUGGAGUGGAGGAAAGACCUGACAAAGACUUUGCAGAGAAGGGAUCCCGUCCAGCAUCCAGUUUGUCUGCAGCUACCCUCGCUUCCCUUGGAGGAACGUCCUCCCGAAGGGGCAGCGGGGACACCUCUAUAUCUGUGGACACAGAAGCAUCUAUCAGAGAAAUAAAGGAGAUCAGUGAGUUAAAGGAGCAGAUUGAUGAUGUAGAAGGCAAAUACAUGCAAGGGCUAAAGGAGAUGAAGGACUCCCUGGUGGAGGUGGAAGAAAAGUAUAAAAGGUCCAUGGUAACAAAUGCCCAGCUGGACAAUGAGAAAAGUUCCUUGCAGUAUCAGGUGGACACACUGCGAGAAGUACUUCUAGAACUUGAGGAGGAGCUUGCGGAGUCCCGGCGCCAAUAUGAAGAUAAGCAUAAAGAGUGUGAACGUCACAAACACGAACAGAAUGUCCUGCGUUUCCAACUGAGUGAGAUAAAGGGGGCUUUGGAGCAAAGGGAGGAACUGCUUACGGAGAUCCGUCAGCUACAGCAGAAGCAGGAAAGGAGCGACCAUGAAAUCUGUGACCUGAAGGAGACCAUAGAGUGGAAGGAUAAAAAAAUAGGGGCUCUAGAAAGACAGAAAGAAUUUUUUGACCCAGUUCGCAACGAGCGCGAUGAACUCAGGGAAGAAGUAAGCCGACUAAAAGAGGCAUUAAAGAAACAUGGAAUUGCACUAGAUUUGGAGGGCAAUACAAAUGGACACUCCUCAUUAGAACCCCACAUCAAUGAUGACAGCCAUGACCCUUCAGUAAAGGAAGCAUCUCUGGGCAAAACCAACGAAGCAGAGGUGAAAAAGGAGGUGAUAUCUAGUCAGGGCUCCCAAGUCAAAGAAAUUGCUUCAGAGGAAUUGUCACGGAAUGAAGAGUCAAAAGAAAACGCCAAGGAGCACAGAGAAUAUGAAAUUGCCAAUGAUAAAAGUGUCAAGUUAGCAGAUGUGGUUAAUGAUAAUGGUACACUUGGCAUGUUGCAGGUCUGUUCCAGUCAACAACACGAGGGACCAGAAACUGAUUUAAAAGAUAUGAGCAGUGAGGGUGAAUGUGAACGAAUAGAUGAAGUUGAUAAAGAGAUACAUUUAGGCACUGUUGAAUUAGAAAGGGAAAGAACCCAAAAUAAUAGAGGUGUUAGUCCACUAGGAAGUGAAGUCUUUCAAGAUGCUUUGGAUUUUGUUGAACCAAUGCCAGAAGCAACAAGUGGACUUCAGGAAACAUCCAACUGCUGUCAGAGUGUUUGUACAGAUGUGGAUAAAGAAGGUAAAGUCAGUGAACAAGAAGUAACUUCAGAGGAUGUCAUUAGGUGUGAUGUACAAUGUACAGCAAGUGAAAGUUCUGUUGACCAAAAAGAAGUGGUUAAUGCUUCCCAAAGUAAGCCUGAGGCUUCCACAGAAGAAAGUGACGAGGCAGGAUCCACUAAGUCUCUCUUCCCUGAAGCAUGUGAGAACCUGAAGAGUAGCCAAGAUGAUAUUGUAGCCAAACUGGGGACAAAGGAAUUUGAAGAUACAGAAAAAGAAACUAGCAGCAGCAGUGAUGGCUCUUUUAAAGAAAUAGAGGAUCAAGUAUGUGCAUGUGAUGAAUUAGAUGUAGGUCAGAAACCGAUUGAACUGGAAAACUGUGGCCCUGAGAGUGAGCACGUUGGCCAUGAAAAUAUACUUCAAGACCCAGAAACAAAAAUAAUUCAAGGAAUUACAGGUGAAUCAUCAGAUGUUUUGAGUAAUUUAGAAGUGGAAAAGCCUGUCAUUGCUGCAGAAGGAACUGGAGUGACUGCUGAUACAGAAGAAGCAAAACUGGAUACUGACAAGACUGAUAUAUCGAUUGGGCAGUCACCACAAGAAAUAGCUUUAGAAAAUAAAAAUGUCCAUCUCGAUGACUCUGAAACGUACAAAGAUAAAGAUGUACCAGAUACUGUAGCUAAUGAAAGUACAAAUGUUCAAGAUAAAAAAGUUGAUAAGGGACUGUACAUGGAGAGUGUCAGUGGCCAAGAAGACGAAAGAAAAGAAAGUCAAGGGGAUGUUGUGGCUUUGGAAACUGACCUUGGCUGCAACAUAGAGGACCGGAAGACUGAGGAAUGUUCUGUGGAAGAAGACACUUCUGAGUUCAAGGAGCAUCAGAAAAAAGUAAUAACUCAAGAUGAAGUUGUAGAGCCUGACAGCGAUGUCAAUAAACGGUUAAGCAGUACACAGAGUGUUGGUGAACACCAGAAUGAAACUUUAAGUAGUGAGGAAGAAACUUCACAAGAAGAGACGGACUCUGAUGAUAAAGAAGAUUAUCAUGGACCAAGUGAGAAGUACCCAGGAGAAAGUGACAUACCCAGGUCACAAAUCGGAUCAUCAGUGGACCAAACAUCUAGCAGAGAGAAUAUACAUGCAGAAGAAAGCACAGAAAAAGUUGUAAGAAUGGGGAAAGGCAAAAACAAAGAAGACUGUGUGGUAUCCUGAAAGAAUAGACUUCUGAGCUGGACACUGCAUUGUAUCUGCCACGAUUUCUUAUGUUGCACUGGUGCCUUUCAUCUUUUGCUGUCAGCAGUAGUUAUAUCUCUGACACAGAUGGGUAUAUUAGGCAAAAAAAACAACAAAAAACUCUAUAACAUAUUUUCAUGCUUACCUACAAUUUCAGCCUAUUAGAGAAUCAAAUGCACUGGGUUGUAAGACGUUUACUAAAACGCAUUGACUAGAUUUGACAAAGUCCUGCAGCUCUCAUCUGAUUGUAGAAACCUGGUAGGGUCCAUUGUGCAUUAGGUGUGUCAAACUGUAAGAGUCUACAGAACUUGAAGCUUUUUUUAUUAGUAUAGGUAGUCCUGAUUUACAUAGGAAUUCUAUCUGAGGGUUUAGCUAAAGUAACUGUCUCUAAUGUAUACCGUUGGUAGACUUUGGUCACCUUUAAGCUCUCCAUCUUCUCGUCUUGCACCAUUAAUAUCAAACUAAAUAUCUGAGUAGCACUGCUAAAUGGAAGCAAAAAAUGGAUUAUAAAAAAUCACCUUAUUUAUUUCACUUGAUCAUUCCUGGAUUAUUCCUUAAUUUGUUCACACGGCUGAUUAUGGGACACAUUUUUAAUGUAUGGACGAUGAUUUAUUACAAAUCCCACAUCUAUGUAUGUUUUUGAUUGUGUAACACAAAAGUCUUGGCAAGCAAUAUAAUACAUAUGCAGACUUCCACCAUCUUAAUGCCCUUGUAUCAUUGACUUACCUAAAAUCAGAACAUAUUUCUUCUUAGACCAAUACCACAUUUUAAACCGCUUAAUCUUUUUUCUCAUACAAUUUGCACUGAUGCCUAGAAGAUAUAGAGCGUAGGGAAUUGGAGGCAAUACAUAUGUCUCGCUCUCCUAAGCUAUCAUCCACAUAAAAACAAUAAAUCAACUGAAAUCUAGCAAUAAACCAUAUCAGCCAUUUCUUCAUUUAUUUGUUUUAAAUAUUGUGAAAUCUUGGGGCAUCAGCGUUCACACAUUCCGGUCCGUAAUUGCUAGUGAUAUAAAUAGUCUGGAGAUUGUCAGCUCCUGCCAGAUGUCUUUUGUCCACAACUCCAAGUAAAAUGCGCAUUCCUUUCAGCUGCAUAUUUACAAAACCUUCUCGUUUCAUAAGGAAAAAUGGUUGCCUAACACAAGACACAUCUAUAGCACUGAGCAGCUUUUUAGAAUAUAAUGGUUUUAUUUUCUUUUUGGACUGGGGCAACAAACAAAUCAGCUUAUUAUGGCCUCGAAUACAUACCGAUUUAGUUAUGGUCUCAGAAUGAUUAGUUGUGUUCUUGGUGUUUUUGCCCGUGAAAGUAUGUUGUGCGUGGUAAGACAACAUCAGAGCCUCCAGCAGAGAAAGGCAGAUGUUGUCCUCUUUUCCUUAGUGUCAUGUGCUCUUAUUCUUCCCUUACCCCAUAGAGGGGACCUUUACACACUGUAUACAUUCCCAGGUGAAACCUGCUUUGCUUACAGGAGAUAUAUUAAUAUAUGCACACUGUGUGCCUGUUACAAACACAAUCUGCUGCUAGUGAGAAACCUAUUUUUGAAAAAAAAAAAUACCUAAAUCUAUACUUUCCUACCCUGAGCUGUAUAUAAUGGAAAUAAACCAGUUUUAUUCCUUUCAACUGUUUUGCCUCCUGU